UUCUGUUUUGUUUCAUCAGGACUAUUGUGUAUCACCUGGUGUGCUCUACUUAAUAUUUAUCGCUUUUUUUUGCAAACAAAACUUGUAUCAUCAAAUAGUUAGAAAGUUUGUAUUUAUCGCAUUGAUUUCUCGUUAAAAAAUAAUGUUAAAAUAACCAAUUCUGUUAUAUUACGCUGUUGUAUACGAUAUAUUACCGAAGUACGUGUUUGAUAAAAGUGCUUAAAAUAUGUUAUUGAUUUUUCAAUAGUUUGUGUAAACUUUACUGUGUCUUUAAAAUGCACAAUGUUAGCGCAGAAAAAAUAUACAAACAUCAUCACCGCAUGUAAGACGAACUUAUAGCGUUAAUUAAGUAAUUGCUCGAAAAAAAAAUGGGGUGCUUAAGUAGUAAAGACCGUCUGACCAAAGAGGAUAUGGAGUUUUUGAAAUCGCAUACACGCUACGAUGAAGCCACAAUUAAGGAAUGGUAUAAAGGAUUCAAGCAAGAUUGUCCCAACGGCCGUUUAACGCCGGCCAAAUUCGUGGACAUGUACAAAAUGUUCUUCCCAUCUGGAAAUGCCGAGGAGUUUUGUGAUCACGUUUUUCGCACCUUCGACAUGGACAAAAAUGGUUAUAUUGAUUUUAAGGAAUUUCUACUUGCUAUAGACGUAACAUCGAGUGGCACUCCCGAGGAGAAGCUCAAAUGGGCUUUCCGCAUGUACGACGUAGAUGGUAAUGGCGUAAUUGACAUACAAGAAAUGACGAAAAUUGUUCAGGCCAUAUACGAUAUGCUUGGCGCGUGUUCAUCGAAUCGACCAGCAGAUUCUGCUGAGGAGCGCGCAAAAAAUAUUUUCGCAAAAAUGGACGAAAACAAUGAUGGUCAAUUAACUCAAGAUGAAUUCUUGAAAGGGUGUCUGCAAGAUGAGGAACUUUCAAAAAUGUUGGCCCCAUAAACAUCGUUCAACACAAAUCCCCCGAAAAAAACCAAAGAACAAACCAAACAAAAUAAAAAAUAAAAAAAAUAAAAAUUAAAAGAACAACCAAAUGAAAUGACCCAUUGUGGUUUAUGUAAUUUAUUGAAUCAUUUAUAUCAUAAAAUUUAUAAAUUUACAUUUCCUAAAAUGAAUACUAAGGCAUCUACUAAAAAUUAACA